CCUCUUCCGCCGCACCCCUUUUCCCUCUCAUCUUCUUCUUCUUCAUCAUCAUCUUCUUCUUCUUUUUCAAAAACCUUGUAGCUUCUUCCUCUUAGCUCCAAUGUCUGCAUUCGACUUCAUCAAUGGCGUGUACGACGCUGCAUUCAAGCCACGUUUGCUUCUCUCCAUCGUCAGGGACCACCUCCCCGACAGCAAACGACCGUUUUCGAACCAUUCUUCUACGGUUUCAAAGGUUGUCUAUUUGGUCAAAACGCACCGUCUCCUCUCUGAGUCUUUCACUGAUUCCAUGGACCCAAAAGUCGUUGAAGCUUGGAAAUCAGCUGUUACUACCUGGGUCGAGCGCAUUUUGGAACUUCUCGAUAGCCCUGUGUCAGAUAAAUGUUGGGUAGGAAUCUCUCUGCUUGGGGUUACUUGUCAAUUGUGCAGCCCUGUUCGUUUCGUGGAAUCCUUCGUUCCGUGGUUUCAGAAGUUGGUGCCUUCUCUACGGUCACAAGAAGAUUCUUCAUUCUUGAGGGUGGCUGCAUGCGCUUCAAUGUCUGAUAUGUUCGCAAGGUUAAGUAAAUUUCCCAAGUUCAAGAAAGAUGGGACAGCCUGUGCCUCGAAAGUUGUUCAACCUGUUUUGAAGCUGUUAAGUGAUUCUAAAUCCGAUGUUGUAUGGGAGAGCGCAAUUAAUUUGUUGUGUACCAUAAUUACGACAUUUCAAGCUUCUAUUAAUCAGAAUCAUUAUGAAAGUAUUGAAUGUGCUAUUGCUAUAAAACUUUUGUCCAAAGAGUCCAACGAAUGCAGUGCUGAUAUUGCAAAGAAACUUGCAUAUUGCCUUGCAUUGCUUCCGAAAUCAAAAGCAGAUGAAGAAAGCUGGUCUGUGAUGCUGCAGAAGCUCUUGGUUUUGAUAAAUGAUCAAUUAAAUUUUGCCUUUCAAGGCCUUGAAGAAGCAACCGUGCGUAAUCAGAUUACUAGAUUGCUGGUCUUGCCUGGAAAACCUCUUCCUUCCCCUUUAGGAGGCAAUAUAUUGGCCGAAGAAAUUAUUAACAGAAAGUGGUCUGAGCAAUCUCCAGCAUCUGAUGUGCCUACACUUAUCUUCGCCUGUUGCACGAUGCUGACAAGUUCAUAUCCCGUCAAGGUAAAAAUACCUGUUCGCUUGUUGUUGGCCCUUGCCGAGAGAAUGCUAAUGGUCAAUGGCUCUUUGCCGCAAAUGUCAUUCCCAUUCACGACUGCUAGGCAACAAGAGGACAUUUGCUCGGUACUUCCGUCUUUACACUUGUGCAGCCUUGAAUUGCUUGAUGCUAUCAUAAAGGCCAUGGGAAGUCAACUAUUACCACAUGCGGGCUCUAUUGCUCGUAUUAUUACAAAGUACUUCAAGGAUUGUGCAUUGCCAGAGUUAAGGAUCAAGUUCUAUUCGGUCACACGAACUCUACUCUUAUCCAUGGGCGUUGGAAUGGCUAUGUACCUUGCACAAGAAGUUGUUAACAAUGCAUUUUCCGAUCUAGAAACCAUAGAUAAUAAAAGUGGUGGAGCAUCGAAUAGUUCUAAUCCAAAUGCCUCGGCUGGAUCACUGCCAGCACCAAGUCGUAGAAAGAGGAAGCAUAAGAAUGCAAGUGGUCCUCUUCAGGAGAAUGAUGAUGGUGGUUUGGGAGCAGAAGUUCUCAAGAACAAUCCAUCGAUUCCAAUUUCUCUUAGGAUAGCCGCUCUUGAGGCGUUAGAGACUCUUAUUACUGUGGCUGGCUCUUUAAGAUUCGAACCGUGGAGAUCGAAAGUUGAUGAUCUUGUGUUUGCCACCGCGAUGGAUUCCUUCAAAGAAGAAUCAGCAAGUAGCGAAAUUAGUGAAUUCCAGCAAGAAGAACUUGCUGAACCCAUUGCUGAUUUGCAGCUUGCUGCAUUGCGCGCUCUUUUGGCAUCUUUUCUCUCUUUUGCUCGGAUUCGGCCUCCAUAUUUAUCUGAGGGUCUCGACCUUUUCCGUAGAGGGAAGCAACAAACAGGGACAAAAGUAGCUGAGUUUUGUAUGCAUGCACUUUUAGCCUUGGAAGUGCUUAUACAUCCUAGGGAACUUCCUUUGCCGAAUUACGUUUCUACCAUUGAAAAUGAGCACAAUUUCCGAGACGAAAACAGUAGCUGGAGCAACCGAGGCCCGGUUGGUUUUCGACAAGUAGGGUUCGAUACUCCCGACACUGUCGAUGAUUUGUAUGCUAAAUGGAUGGAAAAUGCCACCGGAACCGGAACCAGAACCAAUGUAUCGAUACCUAAGAAUACAGUACGCACUGACGAGCCUUCUGAGGCCAUUAGAGACACCAACCAUAAUGUGCUUUCCGGGCACCAGCGUUCAGGCACUGAAGUCCAAGAAAGGAAUGAGAUAGCUGGAUCUGACGCCCCGACCAAAACAGAUGUUGAAAUGAGGGCUGCCGAGGAUGAAUUUGUUUCCAAGUCGGACAAACCUGUCGAAUCCAUGAUGCAAUCUCAGGAACCUGUCUCCAACACCACUAUCAUCCCCGUAGAUCAUGAGCCGGUAGCUACCGAGGUGCAACCUGAGAGGAUUGUUUCUGACAGCACGACGGCUCACAAUGAAGGCAGCAGUCGGAUGGAAUUAGGCGAAGGAAGCUCGGCUAAUAAAGUCUCUGAAUCUGCCUCGCCGAAAAGAACACCAGACACUAUAAUGAUUCAGGAAUCUGCAUUUAAAUUGAAUCUUGGUGAUUCAGUGGCUCAUGAUGAUUUUGAUCUUCCUGAAAUUGUGGAUGCAGACCCAGAUACUGAUUCUGAGUAAGAAGGGGAAGGUGCAUAAGGUAGAAAUUUUGGUAGUUUUAAGUUUUAUUUAUUUUUUUAACGGGUUAAGUAACUUUUGAGUGAGCAAAAUAAUCAGUAGUUUUUUUCCCCCUACUUUUAUUGUAGAAAUUUACUUAAAAUUUGAGUGAAAUUACAGCAACUUACAUAAGAAUUAAAUCUG